UGGAAUAAGUGAAAAAUUUAAACUGUGAAAGAAAAAAAUGAAAGUUGAAAAAACUUUCGGUUUAAGGAACGAGGCUGAGCAUUGAAGAGACGAAGAAAGGGGUUACUGUGAGUGUGAGUGAUGAUGGAUUAUACAUACGACACCAAGCACCGCACUGUUGCCAUUGCUGGUCUCUUUAUUCCGUCGACUACAGAACCUCAUCCUCAUGGGAUAAGGAAUGUAACAGACUUGGAGCGUCAUGUUCACUAUCUGGAAACUGAGGCUUAUACUUCUAUUUUGAAGGCUUUCAUUGCUCAAUCUGAUCUUCUUACUUGGGGAAAAGAGGGGCUUAUGACUGAGCUGCGAAAGGAACUAAACAUUACAGAUAUUGAACAUGGAGAAAUUCUAACGAAAAUAAAUUCAGAUGAGUUAAUUAAGCGAAUAAGGGAGCAGAGAAAACUGUCAUCUCAUGCUAAGGAUUAUAUUAAAGCUAGUGCUCCUGCUUGUGCUUCUGUUUCGAUGGGAAAUUCAAUGAUAAGAUUAAAAACUCCAUCCUCUGCUACACUUUUUACCCAGAAGAAAAUGUCACGCAGCCAAGCUUCUCUAAUUUCUAUUCCUGUUCCUUCUUCAAUGCCCCCAAAAUUUAACGAGGUCCCAUUGACUGCUGAAUUUGCCCACGGAAAUGUGGAGCAUUCUAUGGAAAUGUUCAAUUAUAAAGUUCAGUUACCACCUACUGGAGGAGGGAGAGUGCUGAAAGGAAAGCACCAAUUGCAGAAGGAUUUUCACAGAUCUGACUGCGUCAAGUUAAAGAAAAAAUCUGAUAUAAUUCAGAUUCGUGCUACAGAUAUGGUUAUCCAUGAUGUUGAGAAGAUGCUUUUCAGUAGUGGGAAACCUGACCCAGUUGAUAUUGAGAGGGCAAAAAGGACUCUUAGGGAACAAGAAAUAGCCAUAACUGAAGCACUUGGUAAAGUGGUUGAUGUGUUAGAAAGGGGUGAUGCACCUAAUCAGAUGCAAAGUUAUGGAGUCUCCAAGAAUACUCCUGGAGGGCAAGAAAUGAAGAUACAUGCUAAUUACUGUAAACUAAUUGGGAAUGGUAGGUUGAAUGAACUAGGUGAUUCAUUCUGAUCUGUGCAAUUAGGGUGAUGAUUUCAUGGAAUAUAUAGAACUUUUUCCUCUGACUAAAGAGACAAUGCAACUCAUACAGUGAUAUUAAUGCAGAAUUGGUUCA